AUGGCGACUGGAAGAUUCUUUAUAGAAGUCGGGUUACCUGAGCAAAAGUCUCACGGAGAUGGCGUUCUCUUCCCGAUGGUGUUAAACCCAGUCUCUAAGACUAACUUGAAUGUCGAAAAAAAACUUAGCGAUUUUCUGGUGGCAAUCAAAUCUGAAAAACCAUUACUGGAGUCUCUUGUCAAGAAAAGAGGCGUUAUCCUCUUCCGAGGCUUCCCUGUUAUGACGCCUUCUGACUUCAAUGACGUCGUCGAAGCCUUUGACUUCCCUCCAAAGCUCUACAUAGGUGGGCGGGGCUUACGCUCCAAUGUCAUCGGCAGGAUUAUCACUGUGGAUUCAAGACCUCCGGAGAUAAAAAUACCUUUCCAUCACGAGAUGUCUUAUCUUUCAGACUUCCCAUCCAAGUUAUUUUUCUAUUGUGAAGAAGAACCAGGAAGCGGGGGAGAAACUCCAAUUGUUUUGAGUCAUAUCGUGUAA